GUAAUGAAUCUGACUGGGUGAGCAGAAACUACUGCAGCAGAAAGACAGGAUGAGAAUCUGGGCUUUCCCACUGUGGUAGCAAUGGGGGGAAUUAUGGGUUGGUGGUCCGCUUCAUGCUAGGAGGACACCCCUCCAUCUGUUCACAGUUCAGCCUGCUUCCAGUUUAAAGCCGAGAUUUCAACACAAACCUCAAUUUCUUUCCCCCAUUUUAAAUGCAAAGCGAGGCUUGUGAAUCACAGUGCCUCUGCUCCUAGCAUCCAGACCCCUUUCCACUCCCCCUCCCAAAAUUAUCCGGCUGUUUGUUUGAGUACCUGCUUACUGUGGCACACAAUAGGCAGCUUUGAGAAGAAAAAUUGAUAAUCUUCACGGAAGAGUAAUUUGAAUGAAAUUACACUUGACAGCCAGCCUCUAAGCAAACAAGAGGCGCGAGGGAGCUUCAGCUAAGCUCCAAGGACUUGCCCAAGCCACUGCUGCUGGAGCUGCCCAGGGAAAAAAAGCACUCGCUUUUUUUAACAUCUAAUUGAGCUUUUGACUAAUUCCGUGCACCAGAUUCUCCUGAAGAAAGGUAGCCAUGGAAGAGAAUAUGGAAGAAGGACAGACACAAAAAGGUUCAGUAAAAGCAUGAUGAUGGGGGACAACAGAAUCCUCAGCCUUCAACAGUGAUUACUGGGAGUGCAUCCUGGCCCAGAGGCAUGGUUGCUAUGGGUGUUUUGAGUGCUGCAUUAAAUGCCUGGGAGGUAUUCCCUAUGCUUCUCUGAUUGCUACCAUCCUGCUGUAUGCAGGCGUUGCCCUGUUCUGUGGCUGUGGUCAUGAAGCCCUUUCUGGAACAGUCAACAUUCUGCAGACCUACUUUGAGAUGGCAAGAACUGCUGGAGACACACUGGAUGUUUUUACCAUGAUUGAUAUCUUUAAGUAUGUGAUCUACGGCAUUGCGGCUGCUUUCUUUGUCUAUGGCAUUUUACUGAUGGUGGAAGGUUUCUUCACAACUGGGGCCAUCAAAGAUCUCUAUGGGGACUUCAAAAUCACCACCUGUGGCAGAUGUGUGAGCGCUUGGUUUAUCAUGCUGACAUACCUCUUCAUGUUGGCCUGGCUGGGAGUCACAGCUUUUACCUCACUGCCAGUGUACAUGUAUUUCAACGUGUGGACCAUCUGCCGGAAUACUACACUCGUGGAGGGAGCAAAUCUCUGCUUGGACCUUCGUCAGUUUGGGAUUGUGACAAUUGGAGAGGAAAAGAAAAUUUGUACUGUCUCUGAGAACUUCCUGAGGAUGUGUGAAUCUACUGAGCUGAACAUGACCUUCCACUUGUUCAUUGUGGCCCUUGCUGGAGCAGGAGCAGCAGUUAUUGCUAUGGUUCACUACCUUAUGGUUCUGUCUGCCAACUGGGCCUAUGUGAAAGAUGCCUGCCGGAUGCAGAAGUAUGAAGACAUCAAGUCAAAGGAGGAGCAAGAGCUUCAUGACAUUCAUUCCACCCGCUCCAAAGAGCGGCUCAAUGCAUACACAUAAAUAAGUUUCAUUGUUCCUUCCCAUUUGAAUGCAUUGGUGUUUAAUUAAGGGCCAUCCAACCAUCCAAUCUGUGAAAAGCAAAACAAAGAGUGCUUCUCAUCAAAGAUAUGUAGGGUGACUAAUGAAUCACCUGAGUAUAACUCUUUCCUGGUUAGCAUUCAAUCUCCUAAUUUGUUAAAUUGGAAUAGCCAACUCUCUUCUACAAGCUCCUAUUCAGUCUUUUGUUUUAACUCUCAAACUGAUUUAGUUAUUCUGUAAGAUCAAAGAUAUUAACAUUGUCACAUGCAAAUACUUGUUUGAUUUUUAAUCACCUCCCACAUAUCACACAUAACACUUUUUUCAUUGUUUCUUAUGUUUUGAAAGAGAAAAUAGCUUUUUAUACAUUUUAGUUUUGAUUUCAGUAACUAGUUUAACUACAGGUAACCUUCAAAGGGACCAUUGUACAUUAUGAACAAGUGACAGAAAUGACAUCAUGAUCACUCUUCUUGAUAUGGGAAUCUAGUCUGGAGAUCAGUGGCCACAUGGCUAUUGGCCCUGGUUAAUGUUUUCAUCAAUCUAAGGUGCAAUUUCUAAAUUUAUAAGGGUAGGUUAAAAAAAGUGCUUCUUAUCUUUGUUAACAUUGUAUUUUUUUCUUUGAUGUACUUAAAAGGUAUUUCUCUGAUUACUCAUGUUUAUGUUGUGAGCAUGUAGAAACAGUAAUGCUAAUGCAUGGCCAGUUGCCUUUCUAAGAUUGUGACACUGGGCUUACCUUUUAAAGUUUAGUAUAGAAACAAUUAUCAUGGAAAUAACUACUGUGGACUGUUGGAGAAUGAUCUUUUUGUGACUUAUGCAGUGGCUGGAUUGGAUCUUUUAAUAUGCUAAUGUGGAAAAUUAAUUACCUUUAUGAAGGUGGUAUCUUAAACAUAAGCACACUAAACCCUCAAGACUUGUUUUACCCACUUAAAACUUUUAAUGGAUUGCACCUCUGUAAGCUAUUUCUUAAAAUGUGUAUGAUAUAUUUGAAAAGACUUCCAUUAAUAUAAUAGCUUUGCUUGCAGCCUUCCAAUCUAUGUUGGUUUACCUGUAGUGUUUUCUAAAGGGUGGUCAGAGGCCACUAGAGAAUGUAUUGUUUUGGAGUGUAGUGAUAUAUUUUGUGGUUUUAUUUCAAGUAAGUCAUUUUAACCGAAUGUUCAUUCAUAUUCAUUUAUAAGAAGUACCUAUAUCAGACCAAUUUUAAAAGAAAAACAAUCAGUAUUAAUGGACCAAAUUUCGUGUUUGUUUUAACCUGGACUCUCUUUUGAUUAUUUCUAAUGCUACAAGAAUGCUGUGAAUGUCAUUUAAAAUAAUGAUGUAGCCUGACAAGAAAUUCUGUCAGUGUAUAAACCUAGGUAGUAUUGUGCACUGAUUUGACCAUUGUGAAAUCCUCCUUCAGUGUAAGUGCAUUCCCAAUAAAAUUUAUUGAGUGAAACAAUCUUUGUACAACUACUAGUCAUGCAUCAUCAGUAAUUUUACAAGUUCUUGUAGUAGGUAGGGGGUAUUACUAGCGUUAUCUGUGGCAUGAUUAUGCAUUCUGUAAUAUUAAUUUUGGGGUCCUUUUGCUUUUUUAACACUUAGAUUAUCUUAAUGGUUCAACAUUUUUUCUGACAUAUGCAGUAUUAAAGAUAUUCAGCAAAAGUAUUAAUGGGCUUCUUUAAAUUCUAUAUUAUAGUGUUUCAGUUCUGUGUCUACAGUGUGUAAUGAUUUUUAAAACUGUCUUUUAAAUUUAUGUAGUGAUGUUGACAUUUUGGCUUUUAUUUCUGGUUUUAGAGUUUGUAUUUUCAUGGAGUGCUUUGUAGCAGGCAUUACAAGUAAUCUGUUUUGUACAUAAAUGUGCCAACAGCUUGAUGGUGGCGUUUUUGAAAUGUAGAACAAAGUGCUUGCAAAAUGUAAUAAAUACUCUUGUGUACUUUGUGUAUUUAA